AUGUCAACAUCGAAAAAAGGGGGGCCUGCAAAAGGUCCACCCAUUAAAGAUACUAAAGAUGAAACAAAAGAAGCAAAAGUUGAUAAAAGUCCACCGAAAGAAGCGAGUAAAGAUGAAACUGGAUCAAAUGGUGAUAAGAAAAGUGAAAAUGGCGAUGUACCAGCAAAACCACAAAGUGCAGGAGCUUCAACGCGGGAUGGUGCUUUACGAAUUCUACAAUUGGCGCAAAAAGGAGAAUGGCCCCCGGUGGAUUCGGUACUUAAGGCGAUUGAAAAAGCUGUGGCGGCUGGCGGGGAAGAUAUGAAUUUGGUACCAUUAGCUGGUAUUUUAGAUCCAGCAACAGGAAUGACACCGUUAAUGUAUGCUGUCAAAGACAAUCGAACAUCAUUUGUAGAUCGUAUGAUUGAACUGGGUUCAGAUGUCGGUGCCAGGAACAAUGAUAACUACAAUGUUCUUCAUAUUGCAUCAAUGUACUCCCGUGAAGAUGUCGUUAAACUUCUGUUGUCAAAACGUGGAGUGGAUCCAUAUUCAACUGGUGGGUCGCGACAACAAACGGCUGUACAUUUGGUGGCAUCCCGACAAACUGGUACGGCUACUUCAAUAUUACGAGCAUUGUUAGCUGCAGCUGGGAAAGAUAUUCGGCUCAAAGUUGACGGGAGAGGUAAAAUUCCUCUGCUAUUGGCCGUUGAGGCUGGUAAUCAGUCUAUGUGUCGUGAAUUGCUUGGGGCACAGACCACGGAUCAAUUAAAAGCGACCACAGCAAAUGGAGAUACAGCAUUACAUUUGGCAGCACGUCGUCGUGAUGUGGAUAUGGUACGCAUUCUGGUUGAUUAUGGUACUAAUGUUGAUAUACAAAACGGUGAAGGACAAACCGCCUUACAUAUUGCAUCUGCUGAAGGCGAUGAAACUCUUGUUAAAUAUUUUUAUGGAGUGCGUGCAUCCGCUAGUAUAACUGAUAAUCAAGAUCGUACUCCUAUGCAUUUAGCGGCUGAAUAUGGCCAUGCAAAUAUUAUAGAACUAUUAGCCGAUAAGUUUAAAGCAAGUAUUCUCGAACGUACCAAAGAUGGUAGCACAUUAAUGCACAUUGCCUCAUUAAAUGGUCACGCAGAUUGUGCAAUGAUGUUAUUUAAAAAAGGUGUAUAUUUACAUAUGCCCAAUAAGGGUGGUGCUCGAAGUAUCCAUACAGCUGCUAGAUACGGUCAUGUAGGAAUAAUUAAUACUUUAUUACAAAAAGGUGAAAAAGUUGAUGUUACCACAAAUGAUAAUUAUACGGCUUUACAUAUUUCUGUUGAGUCAGCAAAACCUGCGGUUGUUGAAACACUAUUAGGAUAUGGAGCUGAAGUUCAUGUACGAGGUGGCAGAUUGCAUGAGACACCAUUACAUCUAGCAGCAAAAGUUCCAGAUGGGGACCGCUGUGCACUGAUGUUAAUUAAAUCGGGUGCUCGACCCAAUUUAGCUAAUGACGAUGGUGAAACUCCAGUUCAUUUUGCCGCAAAACAUGGAAAUUUAGUAACACUUUUACUUCUCCUAGAAGAUGGAGGGGAUCCGUUAUACAAAAACAAAAAUGGUGAGACUCCAUUACAUUUAGCUUGUCGAAAUUGUCAAUCAGAAAUAGUUCGACAUUUAAUUGGAUUUGUGAAAGAUAAACAAGGAGCGGAUAAAGCUACGUCGUAUAUAAAUAACGUGAAUGAAGAAGGGUGCAGUGCAUUACAUUAUGCAUGUCAAAUUGAAAAAGAACAGGUUGUAGUUCCAUUGUCAGAUCGAGAAGUAGUGAAGUUAUUAUUAGAAAAUGGAGCUGAUAUCGGCUUACAAACAAAACAUGCACACGAAAGUGCAUUACAUUACGUUGCAAUGGCUGGUAAUAAUGAUGUACUAUCGGAAAUUAUAUCGAAUAUGUCAUCGACUGACAUUCAAAAAGCAAUGAAUCGUCAAUCGGCUGUUGGAUGGACACCGUUGUUGAUAGCCUCGCAUCGUGGUCACAUGGAAUUAGUUAAUAAUUUACUUGGGAACCAUGCGAGGGUAGAUGUUUUCGAUACUGAUGGUCGUUCCGCUUUGCAUUUAGCAGCCGAACGAGGAUACUUACAAGUCUGUGAUGCAUUACUAACCCAUAAAGCCUUUAUUAACUCUAAAUCUCGAGUGGGUAGAACUCCUUUACAUUUAGCAGCGAUGAAUGGUUUCACUCAUUUAGUUAAAUUUUUAAUCAAAGACCAUAAUGCUGUUAUUGAUAUUUUAACUCUGAGAAAACAAACUCCACUACAUUUAGCAGCUGCGGCUGGUCAGAUAGAAGUUUGUAAGUUAUUAUUGGAACUUGGUGCAAAUAUCGAUGCAACUGACGAUAUGGGUCAAAAGCCAAUUCAUGCAGCUGCCCAAAAUAAUUAUUCAGAAGUAGCCCAAUUAUUUUUACAACAACAUCCAAGUUUGGUAAUGGCGACGUCCAAAGAUGGAAAUACGUGUGCCCAUAUUGCAGCUAUUCAAGGAUCGGUUAAAGUGAUCGAGGAAUUGAUGAAAUUUGAUCGACAAGGUGUUAUAACGGCGAGAAAUAAAUUAACUGAUGCUACACCACUUCAAUUAGCUGCUGAGGGUGGCCAUGCAGAAGUUGUGAGAGCUUUAGUUAGAGCAGGUGCAUCGUGUACCGAUGAAAAUAGGGCUGGAUUUACAGCUGUACAUUUGGCUGCACAAAACGGUCAUGGACAAGUACUGGAAGUAAUGAGGUCGUCGAAUACAUUACGAGUAACAAGCAAAAAAUUGGGAGUAACAGCUUUACAUGUAGCUGCUUAUUUUGGCCAAGCAGAUACUGUACGUGAAUUACUGUCACACGUUCCUGGGGCUGUGAAAUCAGAUCCACCAAAUGGAACGUCCUUAGUUCCAGCGUUGGGAAAUGAAUCUGGAAUGACACCAUUGCAUUUAGCUGCUUACUCUGGAAAUGAAAAUGUCGUACGGCUAUUGCUUAAUUCUGCUGGUGUUCAAGUUGACGCUGCUACAACAGAAAAUGGUUAUAAUCCACUACAUUUAGCAUGUUUUGGUGGGCACAUGUCAGUUGUUGGUUUACUUCUAAGUCGUUCUGCUGAGUUGCUCCAAAGUUCUGAUCGACAUGGUAAAACAGGUUUACAUAUUGCCGCUACGCAUGGUCAUUACCAAAUGGUGGAAGUAUUGCUUGGGCAAGGAGCUGAAAUUAACGCAACCGAUAAAAAUGGAUGGACACCGUUACAUUGUGCAUCUAAAGCUGGUUGCUUUGAAGUUGUUAAACUCCUCUCUGAAUCUGGUGCUUCCCCAAAAUCUGAAACAAAUUUAGGCUGUGCACCAAUAUGGUUCGCGGCCUCCGAAGGUCAUAAUGACGUAUUAGAAUAUUUAAUGCACAAAGAACACGAUACAUACGCUUUAAUGGAAGAUCGCCGAUUUGUAUAUAAUUUAAUGGUAUGUUCCAAAGCGCAUAAUAAUAAACCCAUCGAAGAAUUUGUUUUAGUAUCGCCUGCGCCAGUUGAUACGGCAGCAAAACUAUCAAAUAUUCUUAUAGCUCUCUCAAAUAAAGAAAAAGAACGAGCUAAAGAUUUAAUAGCAGCUGGUAAACAAUGUGAAGCAAUGGCUACGGAAUUACUAGCAUUAGCAGCGGGUGCUGAUUCAGCGGGAAAAAUUUUGACGGCAACGGAUCGUAGAAAUAUUGAAUUCUUAGAUGUUUUAAUUGAAAAUGAACAGAAGGAAGUUAUUGCGCAUACUGUUGUUCAAAGAUAUCUCCAGGAACUUUGGAGAGGGUCACUCAACUGGACGCCAUGGAAAUUAAUACUCCUGUUCAUAUCAUUCAUUUUAUGCCCCCCUGUCUGGAUAAUAUUUACACUCCCCUUAGGUCAUAAAUAUAAUAAGGUUCCCAUUAUAAAGUUCAUGUCAUAUUUAACGUCCCACGUAUAUCUAAUGUUUUUUCUAUUAAUUGUCGGUAUCACCCCAAUAUAUAAAGUCGUUCGACCAAGUCUUUUACCAUAUUGGUAUGAAUGGGUCCUAUUAGUAUGGCUUAGUGGCUUAUUAUUAUUCGAAUUAACAAAUCCAAGUGAUAAAUCUGGCCUUGGUUGGAUCAAAUUAACUGUAUUACUAUUUGGUAUGAUGGGCGUUGCUGCUCAUGUUACUGGUUUUGCUUUUAUAGCUAAACAAUAUUGGCCAACAUUGAUGUAUUGUAGGAAUCAAUUUUUUGCUGUUUCAUUUCUAUUAGCUUGUGUACAAAUAUUAGACUUUUUAUCAUUUCAUCAUUUAUUCGGUCCAUGGGCUAUUAUUAUUGGUAAUUUAAUGAAGGAUUUAGCUAAGUUUUUAACAGUAUUAGCGAUAUUCGUGUUUGGAUUUUCAAUGCAUUUUGUCGCAUUAAAUCAACCUUUUGAGAAUUAUCAAACGAACAACAUACCUCGCACUGAUCUUGCCGGUUACUUUUCUGAUGUGGUCAUGAAUCCAUUGGUCGCUUUCGAGUUAUUAUUUUUCGCCGUGUUUGGUCAAACCACUUACGGUGAAAUGAUGAUGAGUGGACCGAAUAACCGUCGCAAUAGACCUAUGUGGACGGAUAAUCUAUUCAAAAUUGUCUUCGGAAUUUAUAUGUUGGUGUCAGUAGUCGUGUUAAUUAAUCUACUGAUUGCUAUGAUGUCAGAUACUUAUCAAAGGAUUCAGGCUCAAUCAGAUAUCGAAUGGAAAUUUGGAUUAUCUAAGCUGAUUCGGUCAAUGCACCGUACAACAACGGCACCUUCGCCCAUCAAUUUAAUAACCACUUGGCUCUUUUAUCUUGUUGGAAUGUGCAAAGCAAGAGCGAAAACUCAGAAACGUCCAAGUUUAGUGCACAUGAUGGGAUUACAAAGAGAUCAAAUGAGUGCACGUACGAAAGCUGGUGCAAAAUGGCUAUCAAAAGUCAAAAAAGGUGGGCAAGUUGCUCCCAAAGAUUCAGUUGCACUAUCCGUUGUACAUUUAAGUCCAUUAGGGUCUCAAUUAAGUUUUACUAGUACCACUAUGCGAAUUGAGAAUGUAACUGAUUGGGAGGCGAUAGCGAAAAAAUAUCGUGCAUUAAUGGGUGAAGCUGAAGAGGUUAGAGAUACAUCAGAUGAGAUUGAAGAAGGUGAUGAGGAAAAUGGUGACAAUCCUCCACCAGCAGCUAUGGGUGGUGCUGCUGCACCCGCUCAGUAAAUAUGACGGCACAUACAAUUUUUCUAAUAAAUUACACUACUAAACAUGUAAUUUUACUUACAUGGUCUCUCUCCCUGCCUUAAUUAAAAUUUAAUAUAAUAAUUUGUUAAAUGUACACUGUAAUUAUAAAAUUAUAUGUAAAAUUGUACCUGGAGAAAAUAUUUUUAUACAUCAAGUUUUUUUACAUUCAAUAAUUUUUACUUUGCUCAAUUAUAUAACUUUACAUUUACUUUGUAAUAAAUUGAGAUCGGAGCAUUUUUUAUGGAAGCAUCAGUUUAAUAUUUAGAUAAUUUUUUUCAAAUAAUCAUUCAUUUUCUCAGCAAUCGAUUUCUAUCAAAAAAUACGAACUGAACUUAAUGAUUUUUUACCAUACACAUGAAUUUUGUAAUGAAAGAAUUUUUUUCGAGUUGGCAAUUAUGAUUUAUACUUCUUAUUUCUAAUUGAGACAUUAACAAUCCUGCAAGAAGACUAGAAAAGUAUGAGAGUUAACUCUGGGUUUUGAGUACGCCCAUAUACGUCCGGCACUUGUAAGUUCGCAUAUCUGAAUUUGGAGGCGCUGAUUUUAUCUCCCGACCACUGCGUAUAAGCUUCACAGAUGUACAUGAGAUACAAUCCGCCGCCACAUUCAGAUAAGCGAACUUACAAGUGCCGGACGUAUAUAGGCCCAUCGAAGGCAUUGCCCGUGAUCCAAAGUUAAUGCAAUAUUGUAUGAUUCGAAUAAUAUUUUGCACAUGCCCUGUGAGACCACAAAGUUACCGUUGUCAAGCGGGACGGUUAUUA